CACGUCGCCCAACCUCUCCCCCAUCCCCACCCCCGCAUAGCAGCCCAUUCUCCUCCGCGUCGCCCAGCCCAUCCGAGCCCCCAGCCCAUCCUUCCCAUCCUCUCCCCCACCCCUGCAUCCCUUGCCCUAGUUGACCCAUCAACGAUCCUCCCUCUGUUGAAGACAUCUGCAUAGAGUUCACGUCAAGGAAAAAAAUUCUUUGAAGAUUUUGAUUUCAUAGCUAUGAACGAGAAAUUUAAAAAGGAUGGAGUAUGGGGUCAUCUUCGCAAGAGUAGUAAAUCUCAUUCAAUGGACAAGGAAGGGGAUGAAAAAUUUGGCGAUGAAGAUGAUACUCAAGAAGACGAUGAUCAAUUACCAAAAUUUGGGGUCAAGCCUGUCUAUAAUAAGGAUGAUUUCUUUGAUUCCCUCUCCUGCAAUUCAAUUGGUCACAAAAUUCUCUGAGCAAAUGAAGAUAGACACAGAGAAUUUUGGUGACUUUGCAAGGUAUCAGGGUGGUCGAGGAGGUCGUGGACAUGGGCAUGGUGGUUACCAUGGAAGGGGGUAUAGUCAUGUUGGGUGGUAAAUGUAAAGCCAAUCUGCUCACGACAGCAAACCAGUACUUGAGGGGUGUGCUUGUUAUUGUUGUGUUCUCUCACAUUUGACUAUCCUGAAAAUAAAGAGUAGGAAGUGCAUUUUGAUUUUAAAUUUUGUCUAAAUCUGUUUCCCUCAUUUAACAGAAAUUUUAUUUGGAGUUAACAAAAGCACCGUUUAACAAUUGCUUUAUUGUUAUUAUUAUUAUUGUACAAUUAGUGCCUGUUUAUGUAUGAUUUGUAAACAAAAAAGAAGAAGA